AUGGGGCGGCGAGGCGCUGCUAUUGCUGCGCUACGUGUGAAACGGGAUAGGAUAGUGGGGCGGCAUUUGUCCUCGUUCAUCUUGCUGACGACGUGCCGAUUGAGCGCCAUCUGCAGCUCGGGCGUACCCCAGCACGCUGAUUCUCUUCUCUCUCGUUUGAGUAGUUCUCAUCACAACACCCAUUGA